AUGGCCAGACACUUCUGGUCCCGCGUCUUGAGCUUGUCCCCAGUGGAUCAGACAGGCCACACACCAGUGCCUGACACCCACAGCCCACCGCUGCCCAGGCUCUCCCCUGCCGGGGCCUUUCUCCUUGCACUUCUGGCUGUGGCAGUCCCUGGUCUCGCGCUCAGACCUCUGCCCCACGUGCAUGCCGUCUUCCUUCACCUGGAUAAAACCACCCUGGCGCUGUGGGUUGGAAUCUCCUACGACCCUGCGCGCUUUCCGCGGCACCUGCCUGAGGCCUACUGCCUGUGCCGUGGCUGCCUGACCGGGCCCGCAGGGGAGGAGGACCUGCGCUUCCGCAGCGUGCCUGUCUACGCGCCUGCCGUGGUGCUGCGCCGCAGCAGUGCCUGCGCCGGGGGCCGCGCUGUCUACACCGAGGACUACAUCACCGUCGCCGUGGGCUGCACCUGCCUGCCCGGGCCCCCAAGGGAUGCGGGGAGCCUCAAUGCCAGCGUGGACAAGCCAGAAAGAUCAGCUGGCCAAGUGAGACCAAUCUCUGAUCUCUGUGACACCCCAGCAAAGACCAAGAUGCUCCCCUUGUCCAUAUGGAUUUCACACCCAAGCUUCAGCUACCAUGGAAACAAUGGAGCUCACAUCUACAGUCAUGACUUCAGCCUUGGUCCGAUUGAGAUGGUAAGCUCACUCAGACAUCUUUCAGUACAAAAGUCCAUGUGGUAAAAAGAAUAGCAGCCUUCAAAGCCAUGCCAGGUGCCACUUGUGCCCCAGCUGUCAUGCAUAACAUCUCCCAGCCAGUCCUCACAGUAAGUCGUGCAGGUGCGGAAAGCCCAAGAGGGGAGUCCACAUCCACACAGGCCAGGGCCACGACUCUGCUCACUGUGCUGUUAGUUUACCCAAAGGCUGGCGAAGGGGUGGCACGUUCCGAAUGGAGGAACCAGCUCUGCACCCUGGGACCCAGCAGGCAGACUCUGCUGGGGUUUCUUCCGAGUGGUAUGUCUGUCCACUUAGUGGACACCUCUCGGGCACCAGCCUUGCUCGGGCACCGAGCCCGCUCUAGUGUGAACAAGACACCAUUUCUCUUCACCCGACACGUCGCGCAGGCAUGGCCACUAGAGCAGCCAGGUGUCUGCGGCCGCUGGCUCCCUACCCCCAGCCCCCCACCCGGGGCUGCCUCAUACACCGUGGCCACACCCUGCUGUGCUGCCUUCGCCUCCCUCCCAUCUCAUUGGGGAAGCACUUCACAAUGCCCAGCAGUGCAUCAAACACGCAGCAAAACACAUUGCUGCACUUACUGUCAGUUACUUUUAAAGUACCCACCCUGGGCAACACAGCAAGACCCC